GGAUACAAUGAAUUAUGUUUCUCUUUGUUUUCUUGCCCUGUUUCUUCUUCCCCUGGGUUCAUUUCAUACUGAUUCCAAGCGUCUACCACCGUUGCCAGUACCGCCAUUCAACAUCCCACAGGCUGAAAUCUGCAGAUAUCUGGGUUUAGACUAUCGUUCAAUCAAUCUACCAGCUCUUUAUGUCUUCGGAGAUUCAUUUAUCGAUGCCGGUAACAACAACUAUCUGGACACACCAUCCAAAGCCAACUACGCACCCUACGGAAUCGAUUUCGGAGGCGUCGCGACCGGACGUCCCACUAACGGAAGAACCGUCGUCGAUUUCAUCGCUCAAGUUGUUGGCUUGCCGUUUCCUCCUCCUGUUAUGGGAUUAUCUGGAUCCCAGAGGAAGAUCACUACUGGUUUAAAUUACGGUUCCUCUUCUGGUGGGAUAUUGCCUUUGCCUUCGUCUCUAACACCGAUAUUUGUGAGUUUUCUGUUCCAUUUGGCAUCAAGAUUCACCUUUUCUGUACAUGUUUAA